CUUUGUUCAGUUGAUAUUUUUUUCUUCAUCACUUCAACAAUAUCAUGGCUUUAGCUCCCCAGUUCGCAGGUCAUCGCCUCGGUUCAAUUGCCGCUCCUCACACCUUUGAGAUCUAUUUGGACUAUGUUUGUCCCUUCUCUGCCAAGAUUUACAAAAAGAUUCGCGAGCAAGUGUGGCCGUAUGUGGACAAGACAUACCCUGCCAAAUUGCAGCUUAUUUUCCGCCAGCAAGUACAGCCGUGGCACGCGAGUUCGACAGUGGUCCAUGAAGCGGCUUUAGCUGUGGAGAAGAUCGAUACCACCAAAUUCUUUGACUUUUCGGACCAAUUGUUCGCUCGCCAAGCUGAGUUCUUUGACGAAGCCGUGGAGAACAAGACCCGUAAGCAAUUGGUGGAUCAGCUGUCUGAAAUGGCUGCAACGGUCGGUGUCUCGGCUGACAAGGUUCGCGAGUUGUUGAGCAAUGGCACUGGCGAACCCAAGAAUGUCGGCAACAAAGUAUCCAACGAUCUUAAAUUGCAAGUGAAGUUUGGUCGUCAAAACGGUAUUCACGUCAGCCCCACCGUGGUAUUCGAUGGAUUGCGGGACGAUUCCGUCUCGUCGAGUUGGGAAAUGUCUCAAUGGGAAGAAUACUUCAAGGCCAAAUUGUAAAAAAGCAGCCUUUAGGAACAUGAAUAGCUGGAAAAAAAAAAAGAUCUAGGCAUUGUAAUGGACUUGGGA